AUGUACAGAACUACAAGGUCCCCAAUGAUGCAGCCUCUGGUCAACUCAGGAAUGGGCGUGGCGCCUUUCUUCAAGGUGACUGUGUUUGAGCAGGAGCAUUUCCAGGGCAAGUCCCUGGAGUUCACCUCUGAGUGCAGCAACGUCCAGGAGUGCGGACUGGACAACAUCCGCUCCAUCAGGGUGGAGAGCGGAGCCUGGGUGGGCUUCGAGCACCAUGACUUCCAGGGGCAGCAGUUCAUCCUUGAGAGAGGAGAGUACCCCCACUGGGAUGCCUACAGCGGUUCGCUCUCCUACCACGUGGAGCGCCUCAUGUCUCUGCGCCCCAUCUACUGCGCUUCCCACCAAAGCAGUCGCAUGAUCAUCUUCGAGAAGGAAAACUUCAUGGGCCGCAGUGUGGAGAUCUGUGACGACUACCCCUCUCUGCAGGCCAUGGGCUGGCUGAUGCCUGAAGUUGGCUCUAUGCACGUGCAGUGCGGCGCCUUUGUGUGCUACCAGUACCCUGGCUACAGGGGCCAGCAGUACAUCAUGGAGUGUGAGAGACACAGUGGAGACUAUCAGCACUGGAAGAACUGGGGCUCCCACUGUCAGACCCCCCAGAUCCAGUCCAUCAGGCGCAUCCAGCACUGAGAGGAGGACAGGCUGAGACUGAGGCCACGGCCCACAGACAGCACCUGCCCUUGACACCCCCCACCCAUAACCCCCUCCUCUUUCUUUCUUUCUUUUUCUCUUUGUUCCUUUCCUUCCUCUUGACUUGAGCCGCAACAGCCGCCCCAACCCGAGUCACCACCACCACCGAUUUACAGCCGCUGCCAGAGUGCGAUAAGAGACAAUAUCGCACUGUUAAAGCACAGGGAAACACAUGCUCCACCCACACACACAUGCCGACAUAACUGACACUCACACAGUGUCUUUUUACUUGGUUUAGAGGUCCCUACGCACUCACACACUCAAACACACACCUGCGCUGCAGUCUCACCUGAGCUGGGCGAUGAGUAGAGCAUUUCCUCAGUGAGCUGGAACCAAACAGAGGGAAGAAGAACGACCACGAGAACCUCCCAAGCUCCACUCACUCUCCUCAGUGCAGCAGACUGUGCUGCGGUGCAGCUCAGAUGUGUUUUGUUGUUGUGUGUAGGAUGUUGA